AUGUCCCUGCGCGUUGUUGCACGCGACGCACAGGAUGACUUCAUGCCACCUUCGUCGGAUGCAGAAGCAUUCGCAUCCUCCGAGGCCUUCGAGGCCAUCGACGCCGCCCUCUCCUCCAGCGAAUCCGAGCGAAAAGCAGCCGUCGAUCAGGGCAAAGCCGUGUUUGCCUUCAAGCUGAAAAACGACCAAGGCCAAGAGGAAGCCUGGCACAUUGAUCUCAAGGAGACCGGGAAGGUCGGCAGGGGUGAAGCCCCCACGGGAAAGAAGGCUGAUGUGACACUCUCACUAAGCGACGAGAACUUCGGCAAGCUGGUCACCGGCAAGACGAAAGCACAAUCUCUGUUUAUGAGUGGGAAGCUGAAGAUUAAGGGUAAUAUCAUGAAAGCCACCAAGAUGGAGCCUAUUCUGGCAAAGGCCAAAGCCCAGGCGAAACUGUAA